AUGGCGUCACGGCCCGAAAGACAAGCAGCCGACCGACCGAAAAUCGUCGAUAAAGCCGUCCGAGAACUCCGACUAAAGAAGCAGCUCGAAUUAUUGCAACAGGACAACUUUCAAGAAGACCCCCAUUCCAACGUCGUCAUCGGAAAACACCUGCCGAAAUUCAACGACGACCUCAUCGAAUUAGAGGGAACCGAGUCGAAGCGACGACGUACUGCCGGACGAGACGCAAGGGGCAAGAAAGAAUGGAAGCCACGAGUGCGGAAAACGUUUGACGAGCUGCGUGAAGAAUAUAAUGCCGUCACCGAACCGAAAGAUGUUGGAUACCGAGCAUUUGAAGAAGCCCAGAUGCCGCCAGCCCAAAAUCCGCCCCGAAAGUUCUGCAAUGUUUGUGGGCUCUUCUCCGCCUACAAUUGCACAAAAUGUGGAUCCGGUUUUUGUUCGAUAGAAUGUCAAGACGUGCACAAGGAGACAAGAUGUAUGAAAUGGACUCGA